CACGCCGAUCGGACGCGGGUUCACGCACGAAGCGGCGGCACCGACCCACGGCGCGGUGUGUGUGUCUGUGUGUGUGCGUGUGUGUGCGUGUGUGUGUGUGUGCGUGUGUAGCAGAGCAGCAGGCUGUGACCCGCAGAGACCAAAGUGACACCGAGAGCGAUGAGAAAGAAGCAGACUGCCAAACAAAGGAAGACUGAGGAGACGACAGUGGUGGUCCAGGAGUUUGUGGUGGAGAAGAUCAUCCGCCGCAGGGUCGCUGACGGGAGAGUGGAGUACUUCCUGAAGUGGAAAGGCUUCACCGAUGCGGACAACACGUGGGAACCCGAGGACAACCUGGACUGUCCCGAGCUCAUCAACGAGUUCCUGAGGAACGCCCUCCAUCUCGGGUAUGAGAAUGAGGAAGAGCACAGCGAGUUCAUUCCCAAAGAAGAAAUGACAGAGCAAGAGACGGAAAUUUCCUGCCUGCAGCCUCAGCAGCAGGCCUGCACUCUGCAGAGCGACGGCGACGGCCUCCAGCCGAGCGACGGGCGUUCAGACUCCCCCGCCGACCUCGGCACUUACCUCGAGCCCGAAUGCAUCAUCGGCUCCACAGACAGACAGGGAGAGCUCAUGUUCCUCGUCAAAUGGAAGGACUCGGAUGACGUGGCUCUGCUGCCUGCGCAUGAAGCCAGCGCCAGGUGUCCCCAGGUGGUCAUCGACUUCUACGAGCAGAAGCUGACCUGGCACUGUGGAGACGAGGAGCCGUGAAGCACUCGCGUGUGUUAGCGUGUUCGCGGGUUUGUGUGUGUGUUUUUGUUUUGAGUACGGAGGAGAACUGGUAAGCGGCUGCGUCCUCACCCGAAGCUUAGUUUAACCUCCAUCCAGUGUCCUCCUCCAGCUGACAUUAGAAGCACGCUGUGUGAAAUUGCAUCCCGCCGCAGGUAAGAGUUUCGGAAUCUGUCGGGUGGAAGAACCUCAGCGGGGACGGAUGUUCAGGGCUCUCUGUCCCGUGGUGCUCAGGAAGGUCACUGUGCCUUUGUGGAGACUGUGAUGGAGACUUAAACUAACCUGUGUGUGAAGAGCAGCCGCUCUGAGGUCAGACGAACCUGUAGCAGCUUUGGUCGUGUGUCAUCAUGUAGCCGACACAAUCACUGUGGACAUGUGUUUUGUUUUCAAGACUACUGUUAUAUAGUAAUUUAGUAUCUCUAGUCCUCCACUGGGAGGGGUCCCUGGUUUAGUGUGAGUGUUUUCUCUUGUAUAGCGACACUCUGUAGGCAGAGUGAACUAACUGUUGUCCGAUCUGUACCUCCAGUGCACCUAGCUUUAAGUUGGAUUGUCUCCACUAGAGCCCGACUGACAUGGCUGUUUGGAGGCUGAUGCCUCUAGUGCAGGGGUUUUCAACUGGUUUUGUCAACUAGAAAGUAAUCCGCGGCCCACUGAUGUGCCUUCGCGCGCGCGUGCCUGUGUGCAUGUGGAUAGAAGGAAGUUUUAACAUUUGGUUUUCAAUGUUGGUUUUAUUUAAAAACCUCCAACAAAUCUAUAUCUACCUAAAAACCUCAAACAAAUCUAGAAAAAUCUGUGUAAAAACAACAAAAACGGUUGAUUUUCAGUGCUUAAGAAUUGGAAACAAAAUUAAAAUUUGUAGUUGUACUGCAUCUCAGAACCAUAUGAACAUCAAUAUAUAACGUUCAUGUCUUAAAUGUACAGACAUGUAGCUGACAUGUUGAGAGAAUGUUAAAGUAACGGUGAUCAAUAACAAUCAACAUAAACUGGGGCUACAACUGAAGAGGGAAGAUGACAAAGUAAUGCAGAAUAUGUCACAAAUGAUAAUUAUACAAUAUCACACAAACAAUUGAGGCCUACUUAAGUUUAAAUUCAUGAUCACCAGAACCUUUAUAUUAUACUUUUCUUAUAUAUAUUUUUCACGAUAUUGAGAGUAAUCUGGAAAUGUGUCGAAAUAUCAAAGCAAAUUUUGCGGACCCCCUGCAAUGCCGUCGCGGACCACCAG